UUAAUACUAGUAAAAAGAUGAUCAUAGCCAUUUUUCAGUUUUGACUUCCCAAACGUUGAUCAUGAAUUCAUGAUGAUGAAUUGAUCACUGAACUACUUCCUUGUCAAUUUUCUCCAAACUAAGUUCAUCUUUCUCAAAUUCCACUAUUUUCUCUCAAUUUUUAUGGGUGUAAUUAAUGAAAGAAGAAGAAUGAAGCCAUCCUACUUUUUUCUGUUCUUCAAAUUCCCUCAAAUUUUACUCUAUUUACUAAGCACCCACUUCCACUUAACAUUUGGAUUGAUAAAUUUGCAGUUUAAUAAGACAAAAUCAUCCUUCAAAAUUGCAAUUUUUGCAGACUUGCAUUUUGGGGAGAAUUCCUGGACUGAUUGGGGACCCCAACAAGAUGCCAACUCUAUCAAUGCCAUGAACUCUCUUCUUCAUCACGAAAACCCAGAUUUUGUUGUAUAUCUCGGAGAUGUCAUCACGGCCAAUAAUAUACCUAUAGCAAACGCUAGCCUAUACUGGGAUCAAGCUACUUCACCCACAAGAGAACGUGGCAUACCUUGGGCCGGUGUGUUUGGUAAUCAUGAUGAUGCCCAUUUUGUGUGGCCCAAGGAAUGGUUUUCAAAAGAGGGGAUUCCCCCUUUGCAUUGUUCUCAGCCUAACACAUCUCUAAUCGGUGAUGGAAAUUGCAGCUUCAUGGGUACAACAAGAUUGGAGUUAAUGAAUUAUCAAAUUGGAAAUGACAUGCUUUCAUUCUCUCAGCACGGAUCCAGAAAUCUCUGGCCAAGUGUAUCUAACUAUGUCCUGCAAAUCUCGUCGUCAGAAAAUCCAGAGUCACCUGUAGCUUUUAUGUAUUUUCUUGAUUCUGGAGGAGGUUCUUAUCCAGAAGUAAUUUCAAGUGCUCAAGUAGAGUGGCUCAAAGGCAUAUCUGAAGCAAUUAAUCCCGAUUAUAGGGUUCCUGAAAUUUUCUUUUGGCACAUACCUAGUAAAGCAUAUCAGAAGGCUGCCCCUUGGUUGUUUUUUGUUCCUCAGCCUUGUGUGGGCUCAAUAAAUAAGGAAUGGGUAUGUACUCAAGAAUCCGAGGAGGGGAUCAUGAAGAUUUUGAAAGGUCGGCCUUCAGUCCAGGCUGUAUUUGUAGGGCAUGACCAUGGCAAUGAUUGGUGUUGCCCUUACAAGAAACUGUGGCUGUGCUAUGCUAGACACACCGGCUAUGGUGGCUAUGGGAAUUGGGCUAGAGGAGCUAGAAUUUUGGAGAUAGUUGAUCGGCCUUUCACCCUCAAGUCAUGGAUAAGGAUGGAAGACGGCUUUGUACAUAGUCAUAUUCUCUUGAGCUCUCAUGCUGCUUAUCCAGCCCCUAUUUUCCUUUUGUUGGUUCUGCUUUUGGUUCUUUUCUUUGGAAUCAAACCCUUUUACCGUGCUGAUCUUAUUUCAAAAGCCAAAACCUUCGUAUCACCAAUUGCAUAACCUAAAACUGAAUGUAUUAUGCUGCAAGAGGUUGCAUAUCCUUUCAUUUCCCAAGCAGCAUUCAAUAUUUCAGUCACAGAUUCACUGGACUUCUGUAUAUUACGGCGACUUAUUUUUCAUAUGGUUUGAUCCUCAGCAAUUUUCAUUACACUACAAACUCAUACUAUAUAGCCAUUUUCUAGGAGCACUUGUGAUCCUGCCAUCAUGUGCAGUUGUAAAUAGUACUGUAAUUAUCAAAUUUGAAUUAUUGUAUGCAUCUGUUUAUACAAAUACUGGUAUGAGUACAUGUUUGUUCUGCAAUAAGAGUUGAGCCACAACACAAAGCACAAUCUGUGUUUUAAGAGAUUGGGCAUUUCGAAAA